AUGCGGCUCCCUUUGCGGUAUUUGUUCCUCUUGUGGAGCGUUUGCAUCGUUCUUGUCCAGACCCGGCAAGACAGCCCGGCACCGUGUCCUGAACAUGCUGCCCAGGAAAUAUCGGCUCCCAAAGAUAAUAUCUGGCAAGACUUGUCCCGGCAAGAAACGGCGUCCGUGGUGGAAUGGCUGCACCAGCAGUCCGAGUUGAACCUAACGGGGAAGGAUGCUGGAUCUUGGGAUAACGCGAUUGCCCUCGUCGAGCUCCUGCGUCCCAACAAGAGCGAUGCCGUGCCCUAUCUUGAUGCCGACGACGUCGUCCCCCCGCGGUUUGCCCGUGUCACCCUGGACACCCGCGCCACGGCCGAUGCUCACUUUGCCGAGAUCCAAGUCGGUCCGCUGCCCAUCAAGCAAAAUGUAACGCGGUGGAUGCCGUUGGGGUUUGACUGGACUCGCAGCACGAAGGGGAAGGUGCGCAAUCUGUACGCCGACGCCGCGGCCCUGGAGGAGUGGGUGUACAAUAUAAGCGCUACUGUCGCCGAUAUCACCCUGGACCUAUGGAAUGGCACUGCAUUGGGGCUGGAAAAUGACACCAUAGACAUCUUCGGCUUUGACCCCAUGUGGCAAGAUGACGAUCGCAUCGUGCGCUGGGAUGCCUUUUGGAAUAAGCCCACAGAUGAGUUUGACGCGUGGAGCCUUCUGCCGCUCGGUCUCUCUUUCAAGUCCGACGUGACCGGUCGUGAUCCAUCGCAAUGGAAACUAGAGGGCUGGCUGUACAACAACAUCUUCUACGAGACGACCGACGCUUUUCGCGCCGCCUACUAUUCUCCCGGCUUCGUCAAGUUACCCGCCAACGUGGAGGGCGACUGGGCUCGCACCGGUCAGCAUGGCGAGCCGCUGCCGCAGGAUGAAAAAGAACCCCCCGUGUCGGUGGCUCCGGGAGGCAAUCGCUUCUCGGUGGAUGUCGAGGAACAGUACGUGACGUGGAUGGACUUCUCUUUCUACAUCGCCUUCUCCACACACACCGGACUGUCGCUAUUCGACAUUCGCUAUCGAGGCCAGCGCAUCCUCUACGAGUUAGGCUUACAGGAAACACUGGCCCACUAUGCAGGCAUCGACCCGGUACAGUCGGGCAUGACUUUUCUGGACUCCUUCUUUGCCUUUGGACCCGGUUCGUUCGAGCUCAUCAAAGGAUUCGACUGUCCCUCCUACGCCACCUAUCUGAACACCUCGUUUUACGUGAACGAAACGACGCACACGCAUAUUGACAGUCUGUGUCUGUUCGAAUAUAAUGCCGAUCAUCCAUUCCAGCAUCAUACCACCGUCAAAUACGCCGGUGCCACCCGCAACGUCUACUUCACCCUACGGUCGGUGGCGACGGUCGGCAACUACGACUACAUAUUCAGCUAUACCUUUCACCUGGAUGGCUCCAUCGGCAUUGACGUGCACCUUUCCGGUUACAUCAUAGGGGCGUUCUACGCGCACAACAGCGAGUACGGCUAUCAAACCCAUGACGCCCUGUCCGGGUCGAUGCAUGAUCAUGUCUUGAAUUUCAAAGCUGACCUCGACAUCGCCGGCUCGGCAAACUCCGUGCAACUGACAUCUGUGGUGCCCGUUUCGAAGUCCUACGUCUGGUCCGACGAGCCACGCAAUACCAUGAUGCUGCAGCGGUCCUUCGUUGCCAACGAAGAUCAAAGUCGGUUGAACUGGGAACCCAACAGCGCCAGGCAGGUAUUCAUCGUCAACAAGGACGCGCCCAAUCGCUACGGAGAGCUUCGGGGCUACCAGAUUCUGCCCGGACACACGUCACAUCUCACGGUGCGAGACUCGAGCAAUUUGGUCAAUGCCGCCCGCUGGGCCGAGUAUGACGUCCAAAUAACCCGGCAGCAUGACUGGGAGCCGCGCUCGACUCAUUGGUUAAACAACCAAGACGUGCACGAUCCCCCAAUCAACUUUGAACAUUUCUUUGACGGCGAGAGCCUCGUCCAGACCGAUCUCGUCGUCUGGGUGAAUCUGGGAAUGCACCAUAUCCCCGACACGCGCGACCUGCCCAACACCGUGGUCACGUAUUCGCAUUCCAGUGUGCGCUUUGUGCCGACCAAUUACUUCCUGCUGAAUCCCAGCCAACGGACUGCUCAAGCAGUACACAUCUCUUAUGGUAAAGAGCCGGCCACGGUAGAGAGCUUUGGGCAAACAGGAGAUACCUGCGCAGUGCCCACCAUCGAGGAGCAGCUGGCAUCAUUGUAUGAAUAUAAAGGGAGCGAGUAGGGUAACUCUUCAUCCCCAGAGUGGUAUUUUUAAAAAUAUGAAUAUGGUAGAGGUCUGCAAGAUGGAUAGAAGAGUCCUUAUUGGAUGGUUCAUUCUUGGGUACGAGCAGGGAGUGAGCCACAACACCACGAUCAAUCACCUACCAGUAUAAAUGCACGAUUUGUGUGUGCAUUCAUUGUUAUAUCGGAGAAAGAGUAGGCUAAGGAGCCUCAUUCAGACAAGGAAGUCUGUAUUUAACUUUAUCGAUUACAAAAGGGACGUUUUGCAAGUGCUGGCCCCAUACCCAAUAAAACUGGUGUUAGAUUAUAUUUUGUGCUGGUGGUUUCUAAUCAAGGCGAGCAAGCACUUAAUUGCACACUCCCGAAUUGGCCAGCGAAUUCAAGUCCUUGGGAAUCACGCCCGCCGCAACGGCAUCUAAGCAGCAGUAUUCGAGUCAGUCUGGUCCUUCUUAUCG